CCUGAAGCGAAGCAUGAUGCCUUCUUCUGACUUAUAAUCAAGGAUAGAGCCCGUCGCUACCACUACCAGACGGGAAAUCAUUUCUCGAAUUACUUUAAUCAGUUGUGCUUUUCCCUCACCUCCUCACUAGAUGCCUUUUAACAUCGAUUAUUCGAACAGAUCCUCCGAACGUCCCGCAUAGGUUGCUUUCUCCGGUCACGUCAAGAUAUAGAGAGACAACAUAUCUGCAGACCUGAACGCAAUGGCUCACAAUUACGAGGUCGGAACAAGGGCUUGGCAACCUGAUCCGACCGAGGGAUGGGUCGCAUCUGAAGUCAAAGAGAAGUUAGUUGAUGGGGACAAAGUGCAGCUUGUCUUCUUGAUAGAAAAUGGAGAGACAAAAACUCUGGAAACUACCCAGGCCGAGUUGCAGGUAGACAACAAUCCAAAACUGCCGCCCUUGAUGAAUCCUGCCAUGCUCGAAGCCAGCGAAGACCUUACGAACCUGUCUCAUCUGAAUGAGCCAGCCGUUUUGCAGGCCAUCAAGCUGCGUUAUGCCCAGAAAGAAAUAUACACAUAUAGCGGCAUCGUUCUUAUUGCUACCAAUCCCUUUGCCCGGGUCGAUUCACUUUACGUUCCACAAAUGGUGCAAGUAUAUGCUGGAAAGCAUAGGGCAUCUCAGGCGCCACACCUCUUUGCUAUCGCCGAGGAAGCGUUCGCUGACAUGCUACGCGAUGGAAAAAAUCAAACGAUUGUAGUCUCUGGUGAAUCAGGUGCCGGGAAAACGGUCAGCGCAAAGUACAUAAUGCGUUAUUUUGCAACCCGCGAGUCUUCAGAUCAACCUGGAAAAUAUACUACCAGUCGAGCAGAUGCCAUCAGUGAAACCGAAGAGCAGAUCUUGGCCACAAAUCCUGUCAUGGAAGCUUUCGGAAAUGCCAAAACCACCCGCAACGAUAAUUCUUCGCGCUUCGGAAAGUACAUUGAGAUAAUGUUCGAUGACAGGACCAAUAUAAUUGGCGCAAAGAUACGAACUUAUCUUCUUGAACGAUCUCGACUUGUCUUCCAGCCACUGAAAGAGCGCAAUUAUCAUAUAUUCUACCAACUGGUUGCCGGUGCCACUGACCCCGAAAAACAGGAGCUUGGCCUUACGUCCGUCGAGGAUUUCGAUUAUCUUAACCAAGGUGGUACACCGACGAUUGAUGGUGUUGACGACAGAGCCGAAUUCAAUGCGACAAAGAAGUCCUUGAGUACUAUAGGGGUCCCGGAAAAAACGCAGGCGGAAAUAUUCCGUGUGCUCGCUGCUUUGUUGCACCUUGGGAAUGUCAGAAUUACCGCCACCAGGACAGAUUCGAGUUUGUCUUCCUCGGAACCUUCACUUGUUCGAGCUUGCCAAUUGCUUGGGAUUGACGCCAACGAGUUUGCGAAAUGGAUAGUCAAGAAACAACUGAUUACGCGAGGGGAAAAGAUAACGUCCAACCUAACUCAACAACAGGCCACGGUGGUCAGGGACUCGGUUGCUAAAUUCAUUUAUUCUAGCCUAUUCGAUUGGCUUGUUGAUAGGAUCAACCAAGGUCUGGCUACCGAUAGUAUCUUGAACAAGUUCAAGUCUUUCAUUGGCGUUUUGGAUAUUUACGGGUUCGAACAUUUUGCGAAAAACUCUUUCGAGCAGUUUUGCAUCAACUACGCCAAUGAGAAGCUGCAGCAAGAGUUUAACCAGCACGUGUUCAAACUGGAACAGGAAGAAUAUGUGCGCGAGCAGAUAGACUGGACGUUCAUUGACUUUUCGGACAACCAACCUUGUAUUGACCUAAUUGAAGCAAAAUUGGGUAUCUUAUCCCUUUUGGAUGAAGAAUCUCGGUUGCCUAUGGGCUCAGAUGAGCAAUUUGUGACCAAAUUGCACCACAAUUUCGCCGCAGAUAAGCAGAAAUUCUACAAGAAGCCCCGGUUCGGCAAGUCCGCGUUUACGAUAUGUCACUAUGCGGUCGAUGUGACCUACGAGUCCGACGGCUUCAUAGAAAAGAACCGGGACACUGUUCCAGACGAGCAUUUGGAGAUUCUGCGAGGCUCAUCCAAUGAGUUCGUGAAAGAAAUCCUAGACACGGCAGCAGCCGUUCGCGAGAAAGAUUCGGCAUCUAUCUCAUCCAAGCCCGUGGCUGCCCCAGGUCGAAAAAUUGGCGUUGCUGUCAAUCGCAAGCCAACUCUGGGAGGAAUUUUCAAAUCAUCAUUGAUUGAGCUCAUGAACACAAUCAACUCUACCGACGUGCACUACAUACGCUGCAUCAAACCUAAUGAGGCUAAGGAGUCGUGGAAGUUCGAAGGGCCGAUGGUACUCAGUCAACUGAGAGCCUGUGGUGUCCUUGAGACUGUACGGAUCAGUACUGCUGGAUAUCCUACACGCUGGACAUACGAGGAAUUUGCAAUCCGGUACUACAUGCUUUGUCACUCAUCGCAAUGGACGUCAGAAAUUAGGGACAUGUGCCAUGCCAUUCUACAAAAAGCUCUUGGGGAUGGCACCCAGCAAAAGCAAGAUAAAUACCAACUGGGUUUAACGAAGAUAUUCUUUCGAGCAGGCAUGCUUGCUUUUCUCGAGAAUCUUCGCACAUCAAGAUUGAAUGGGUGUGCUGUUAUGAUACAGAAGAACCUUCGAUGCAAGUACUACCGCCGCAGAUAUCUCGAGGCUCGUGCCUCUAUCCUCACAACGCAGGCUCUUAUUAGAGGUUUCUUGGCAAGGCAACGUGCAGCUGAGAUACGGCAGGUCAAGGCAGCUACGACUAUUCAGAGGGUAUGGCGAGGACAGAAGGAGCGGCGGAAUUACAGCCGCAUUCGUGCCAAUUUCAUUCUUUUCCAGUCAGUUGCGAAGGGAUUCCUUUGCCGUCAGAAUAUCCUCGACACGAUCCAUGGCAAUGCAGCCAAAGUAAUACAGCGAUCGUUCCGCUCCUGGCGACAGCUACGCGCCUGGAGGCAAUACCGCAGAAAAGUGAUCAUUGUCCAGAAUCUCUGGAGAGGAAAGCAGGCCAGGAGAGAGUACAAAAAGCUCCGCGAGGAUGCUCGGGACCUCAAACAGAUCUCUUAUAAGCUGGAAAAUAAGGUGGUAGAGUUGACUCAGUACCUCGAAUCCUUGAAGCGAGAAAAUAAGUCACUCAACUCGCAACUGGAGAAUUAUGAGACACAAGUGAAGUCUUGGAGAAGCCGACACAAUGUGCUCGAGAAUCGUUCGAAAGAAUUACAGGCCGAAGCAAACCAGGCAGGUAUUACUGCUGCUCGCUUAACUGCCAUGGAGGAGGAAAUGAACAAGUUACAACAGCACCAUAAUGAUGCGCAGGCAACCAUCAAGCGUCUACAGGAAGAAGAGAAGGUCUCACGGGAAUCGAUUCGUACCGCAAACCAAGAGUUGGAGAAACUUCAGCAGCUGAAUACUGAUGCUGAAAACGAAAAGGCAUCUCUUCGUCAGCAGAUAGUCGAUCUCGAAGAACAGCUUGAGCUUGCAAAGAGGGUUGUGCCUGCCAACGGCGUAAAUGGAGAUCAGCCGAACGGUGGGCCCAUCCAGCCGCCUGCGAGCGGCUUGAUAAACCUCGUUUCUUCCAAGAAGCCCAAGCCUAAAAGACGAAGUGCCGGGGCUGAGCGGAUCGAUAUUGAUCGUUUCAGUGGUGCCUAUAACCCGAGGCCAGUGUCGAUGGCCAUUCCUAGCUCGGCUAUGGGCCGCCAGCAUUUCUCGGGAAAUGCUUUCUCUCCAGGCCUGGACUCCGUUGAGGUAGAGCUCGAGAAUUUGUUGUCUGAAGAAGAUGAGCUCAAUGAAGAGGUGACUAUGGGCUUGAUACGCAACUUGAAAAUCCCACUACCCAGCUCUACGCCUCCACCAACGGAGAAGGAGGUCUUGUUCCCAGCUUAUUUGAUCAAUUUAGUGACUUCCGAAAUGUGGAACAAUGGCUUUGUGAAAGAGUCCGAGCGUUUCUUAGCCAACGUCAUGCAGUCAAUCCAGCAAGAGGUUAUGCAGCAUGAUGGAGAGGAUGCCAUUAAUCCUGGAGCCUUUUGGCUUUCGAAUGUCCACGAAAUGUUGUCUUUCGUUUUCUUGGCCGAAGAUUGGUAUGAAGCACAAAAGACGGAUAAUUUCGAGUAUGAUCGUCUUUUAGAGAUUGUGAAGCAUGAUCUCGAAAGCCUGGAGUUCAACAUUUAUCAUACGUGGAUGAAGGUAUUGAAGAAGAAGCUUUACAAGAUGAUUGUACCAGCGAUCAUAGAAUCCCAGUCCCUCCCUGGGUUCGUUACAAGCGAAACAAACAGGUUUCUUGGGAAGCUCUUACCCUCCAACAACAACCCAGCCUACAGUAUGGAUAACCUUCUCAGUCUCUUGAACAAUGUCUACAAAGCAAUGAAGGCUUUCUAUUUAGAAGAGACUAUUAUCACACAGACGGUCACUGAGCUUCUCCGACUUGUCGGUGUCACUGCAUUCAAUGACCUUCUCAUGCGGAGAAACUUUCUCUCCUGGAAACGUGGCCUGCAGAUCAAUUACAACAUUACCCGCAUCGAGGAGUGGUGCAAGAGCCAUGAUAUGCCCGAGGGUACACUUCAGCUGGAGCAUCUAAUGCAAGCGACCAAGCUUCUUCAGCUGAAGAAGGCCACCCUGAAUGACAUCGAGAUUAUUCAAGAUAUUUGUUGGAUGCUCUCGCCAAACCAAAUCCAGAAACUCCUGAAUCAGUAUCUCGUGGCUGACUAUGAGCAACCUAUCAAUGGUGAAAUCAUGAAGGCCGUGGCCUCCCGUGUCACCGAGAAGAGUGAUGUUCUCCUCCUGACACCAGUUGACAUGGAAGAUAGUGGGCCGUAUGAGAUUGCGGAGCCACGUGUUAUAACAGCCUUGGAGACAUACACCCCAUCAUGGCUUCAAACGCCGCGACUAAAGCGGCUGGCUGAAAUCGUAUCUGCCCAAGCAAUGGCUCAGCAAGAGAGGCUGGAGAUGACGGAAAGCGGCGCGGCGACGAUGGAAUAGACUUUGUAUAUGAACAACGGAGUACCAGCAAUUUCAUAGAAACCAUGAUGAUGAGCGUUUGUAUCGUGCUAGCCAGUUUAUAUUAUAGUACAUCUCUGUAAGCAGCCGAAUGAAGGCCCCUCAUAAGUUGUUGCUCCAUUGCAA